AUGACAGCAUUUCGAAGGGCUUUCUUGCAGGAAGUUGUUGAUUAUUUCGGACAGAAUGGAGAGAAUCUAUUCUGGAUUGACGCAUCUGCGGAAUUAGACAUGGAAAAAGCAGGCUCUGUGCGGGAAAGAUUCCAAUACAAGAUACCAGAGGACUUUUAUGAACUCGACCUAGCGCUGCAGGUUCUCAUUCACAAGCUAGAAAAAGCAUCAAAAUUGAAAACUCCGAAAAAAGAGGGAAAUUUCCCUCUGGUUCCGAAAAAAUCGAUCUUGAUUGUUGACGGAUUGAGCGAGCUUUACGCUACGUUUGAGUUGGAAGAUGAUCUCAAGGAGAAGAUUUCAGGAGGGAUUGUUAAAUUGAGCAAAAUGGGCGUGACAAUUCUAGUCACAAGAGCGAUCAAUUUGGAGGGAAGGCAUGAUCAUAAAAUACCCUGCAAAGCAGGCUCAGUUAUUCCUUUCGUAACUACAGUCAUGGAUUUAUGA